UGCUCACACUUUGUUAUUUUUUACCUUUUGUCAGACACAAUUCUAUUCUAAGCAUGAGCUAGGCCACAACCCCUACCAAGUCUUUCAUACUUCUCAGUCAAUCCCCUCUCUCCAUAGCCAUACAUUUUCUUUUUAAUAUUUUGAAUAAAGAAGGCACACCCCCAAUAAAAGAAUAACCUAGAAAAGAAACCCAACCCCACUUCGCUUCCCCACACAUCGAUUGCACAAAAAGGAGUGUAUAGCACAAUUUAAUCGAACCACUACACUUCUCCAUUAAAAUGAAAAAUUAACAAAUAUAUAUACAUUAAUUUUGUAGGAAGGUAACUACACUAGACUCCAAUAAAUUGAUCCAUUCUACCAGAGAGCCCAAUUGCCACCGUUAAAAACACGUUACGUCCAUUUGCUAGGCUUUGCUUUGCUUGGGGUGGGACGCGACCAUACCAUAUAGCCUCCAUGAUAGUCAAAGUAUAUUGACGUGGGUUUAACCUUAAAUGGAUACGUUGUUUAGGGUAGUGAGUUUUCAACACCAACCCGAUCAAUCCCUCAACUCCACCACCAGUAGCAGCUCUCGAUCCUCAAGACAAAACUAUCACUACCCACAAGAAGACGAAGAAUGCUUCAACUUUUUCAUGGAUGAAGAAGACUUAUCCUCGUCUUCUUCCAAACACUACUAUCCUUAUCAACCCCACCACCCUUCCACCACCACUACCACACCCACUACAACAACAACAACAACUAACACCCCCACACCCACCCCCACCACCACUGACUUCAACUUCAACUUCGAAUUCUCCGGCAAGUGGGCCCACGACAUCCUCCUAGAAACCGCGCGAGCCAUUGCCAACAAGAACACCACUCGCAUCCAACAACUCAUGUGGAUGCUAAACGAGCUUGGUUCCCCUUAUGGUGACACCGAUGAGAAACUCGCUUCCUACUUCCUCCAAGCCUUCUUCAGCCGCAUCACCGAAGCUGGGGACCGAACCUACAGAACCUUGAACUCCACUUCGGAGAAAACAUGCUCCUUCGAAUCAACGAGAAAGACGAUGUUGAAGUUUCAAGAGGUGAGUCCCUGGACAACCUUCGGUCACGUGGCUUCCAAUGGUGCCAUCUUGGAAGCCUUGGAAGGCGAGCCAAAGUUACACAUAGUUGACAUCAGCAACACCUAUUGCACCCAAUGGCCCACUCUCUUCGAAGCCUUGGCCACUCGAAACGACGACACUCCACACCUCCGUUUAACCUCCGUCGUCACCACCCAACCCGGCGGCUCCCUCGCCGCCGUACAGAAAAUCAUGAAGGAAAUCGGCACUAGAAUGGAGAAAUUCGCGAGGCUCAUGGUCGUGCCCUUUAAAUUCAACGUCGUUCAUCAUGUUGGUCAACUCUCUGACUUGGAUUUCAACGAGUUAAACAUCCAAGAAGACGAGGCUUUGGCUAUUAACUGUGUCAACGCCUUGCAUUCGAUCACGGCAGUUGGAAACCACCGUGAUGUGUUGAUAUCCUCGUUGAGAAGGUUGCAACCGAGGAUCGUGACGGUGGUGGAAGAGGAAGCUGAUUUGAAUGUGGGUUUGGAGGGGUUUGAGUUCGUGAAAGGCUUCCAAGAAUGCUUGAGGUGGUUUAGGGUUUAUUUUGAAGCGUUGGAUGAAAGUUUUCCGAGGACGAGCAGCGAGCGUUUGAUGCUUGAGAGAGCGGCGGGGAGAGCGGUGGUUGACUUAGUGGCGUGUGCGCCGGUGGAAUCAGUGGAGCGGAGGGAGACGGCGGCGCGGUGGUCGCGGCGUAUGCAUGGUGGAGGGUUCAAUACGGUGGCGUUUAGUGAGGAGGUUUGUGAUGAUGUGAGGGCGUUGUUGAGGAGAUAUAAUAAGGAGGGUUGGUCAAUGACACAGUGCCCCGACGCCGGAAUAUUCUUGUCGUGGAAGGACCAGCCGGUGGUGUGGGCCAGUGCAUGGAGGCCCUUGACGUAGUGUAGAGGAGAAUGACUUGACGUGAGUCGAGUGAGUGACUCGCACGUGUUCUCUGUUCUUUUAGCACGUGCCCCCUUGGUUCCACUUUUUUUUUACAGUAAUUAAUGGCUUUUUUCUCUUCUUGUGUCGAGUUCGUAAGUAAGACAAUUAAUGGGAUUAAUUGGAGGUUAUGAGGGUGGUAGGAGGAACGAUCGGGUUUGCCUGUAUUAAUUAUUGGAAAAGGAAUCAUGAAGUAAAUUGAUUUGAAUUAUUAAGUUUUUUUUUCUUUAGUUCGUUUUUAUUUUAGUUUAUGAAGUAUAUAGUACAUAUAGGUUAUGGUUUUCGAUUUAUAUGUGUAUGAAUUAAUUGAAAUGACU